GCCGCAGCCGCCGCCAUGUCGCCGGGUCCCCGCCGCAGGCGUCGGCAGAUGUUUCCCAGCAACGCCCCGGCGCUCUCGCGGCGUCGCGCAAGCGCCGUGCGUCCGCCACGCAUGCGCGCGGGCAGGGGGCAAAGGGCACGGCGGGGGCGCCUGCGCACAGCGGCGCGGCGCGGCAAGAUGGCGGACAAAGAAAAGAAGAAGAAGGAGAGCAUCUUGGAUCUGUCCAAGUACAUAGACAAGACGAUCCGCGUGAAAUUCCAGGGAGGUCGCGAAGCCAGUGGAAUCCUGAAAGGGUUUGACCCGCUCCUCAACCUCGUGCUGGACGGCACCAUCGAGUACAUGAGAGACCCCGAUGACCAGUACAAGCUGACGGAGGACACGCGGCAGCUGGGCCUGGUGGUGUGCAGGGGCACCUCCGUGGUGCUCAUCUGCCCUCAGGACGGCAUGGAGGCCAUCCCCAACCCCUUCAUCCAGCAGCAGGACGCCUAGCACUCGGGGUGGCCGACACGCUGCUUCCCCGGACCCUGCAGGGCUGCCCUCCCACCUUACUGGCCACCCGCAGGACCGGAACUUUCCUUUUUGUAUAGAUUGUGUUUUUGUUUUCUUAAUAAAACUGCAAACCUCAAGUGUCCAGGA